AUGCCUCACAAGCUUUCUAACCUAAAGGUUUCAGAACUUAGAGAGUCAUCGAAGUACAUAAGACCAUAUCGCAUGAGCUUUAAUCAGGAUGGUCAACCGCGUACAUGGGAUGGCAUUUUAGCACACGACAGUGUGUCAAUACUUUUGUAUCAUCCAGAAAAGAAGUCUCUAAUUUUUGUCAAACAGUUCCGCCCAGUUGUGUAUUAUACAAAGUUGAGACAACUUGGAGUAAUACCUAGUGUUGCUGACGGGACAGUUGAAAGUGUUCAAACUGAUCUUCCUUCUGGUGAAAUUGGCGAAACUUUAGAGUUAUGUGCUGGAUUAAUUGAUGGAGUACAAACUAACCCUAAGUCUUACGCUGUUCAAGAAGUCUUAGAAGAAUGUGGUUUUAAGAUUAGUGAAGAAUCUUUGAAAUUGGUCAAUUCAUUUUAUACAAGCGUUGGUUUAACAGGUAGUAAAAUGACUUUAUACUAUGCAGAAGUAAAUGAACAUCAGAGAAUCGCUAAUGCCGGUGGAGGAUUACACACAGAAGGUGAAUAUAUUGAAGUGAUAGAAUGGCCAAUUUCUAGAAUUGAUGAACUUUAUCAUCAAAAUAAUAAUAAUAAUGAUUGUACAAAACUGUCUAUUUCAGUCACUUUACUCUAUGCUGUAUGUUGGUUUAAAGAGAAUAUUUUAUCUACACUAUCAAUACCGUUAACAGCAUAA